AUGUCAUGUCAGAAGCUUGGUUCCAACGACGGUGUCACUCAUACCGGACAGACAGACAGCACGGUCUUAUUGCAGCUGUUUGCUGCUGCCUGCCAACUGCCGCAGGGCACUGGGCGGAACCUGAACCCGAAUCCAAACUCAGAGACUGUUAGAAAGUUGGCGAAGGUUCACGUCGAUCUUCAAGGUCAUAUUCCGGGUAACCGGUUGCUGAAUAAGCGAAACACGUCUUGUACACGUACAUAG